AGUCAGUUCAUAACAACAAAGAUUGUUUAAAUUUAAAUAACUUUGAUGGUGAAAGUUCAUAUAAUUUAAGUCAAGAUAAUGAAAAUAUUUAUGAACCAACUCAAGAUAGUAAUUUAAUUCAAGAUGCUAGUUUAGCUACGGAUAAAAAUUAUAAUAAAGAUGAAGAA